AUGGCUCAACCAAUGCAACACUCACAAUCGAUAUGGAACGAAGUUGAUUUAUCACAGAGGUUUAGUCAACUAUCCAGUUCACUGCAGCAUCCGAAGAAGAAGCAGAAGAACAAAGUAUCAAAACAAAGCAAGAUUAUUCCUUAUACAGAACUCGAUCUUACACAAUUAAUUGGAGUCAAUAUCAAUCAAUUUCCACCUUAUUUGUGUAGUUCAAAUGAAUCAUUUAAAGAAACGAUUCAUGCUAUACGACCAAAAAUCAGUCAAAAUCAUUUGGAGGAAUUAAGACAUGUUGCUAUUCUUAUGAAUAAAAUGUUAUUACUCGAAAAACUACAAACUCUUUGGAUAACAUAUAGAAAAUCAGGUAUGGGUGAAUUUCAACAAACACGAUCAACCAAGGAUGUUGGUUUGAAAAUUUGGCCGUUCGAAAUUCGUUCUCGAAUUAAACAUGUCGAAAAUGCAAACAUAACUGAUGAUGAAAAAUGUCACCUAUUUGUUGAUCAUUGCCAAAAGAAAUUGAAUGAUCAAAAUGAAAUAUAUCGAAAUCAAUUACNUGUCUAUUAUCUUCUGAUAGUAGUGAUCUUUAAUCAUUUUUGUUGA